CCAUAAUCCUAAGUGUACCUCUUGCAGUGAGGAGGCAAUGUGGAACGCGGAGCCCACGUGUGCCCGGCACUUGGCAAGUACUGGGGAAGGAAUUAGGAAGGACAGGAGUUACAUCAUUCACUUCUUUUUACAGCUGAGAAAACAAGCAGAGGAGGCUCAGGGAGGUGAGGUUGUUUGCCCAAGGUCACACAGCCUGUAGGAGGAUGGGGCCCGAGAGAGGCUGACUGACUUGUGCUCGAACCACUGAGCUCUCUGCCUGCGGGCCAGCCCCCCAAGUACCCUUCCCGGUCUCCGUGGCCCGUGGACUCCCGAAGGCCGCGUGGGGCCGCGGGGACAACUGGCACAGCCAAGGUCCGCGGGGCGGGAAGGGUUAACGAGCUUCGCCGCAUUGGGCCGGCCUCCGGGGGAACCAGCCAAUGGGCGCGCGCCGCGAUGAGCCUUACACCCGUAGAAACCCCUGUGGUGGAGCUGAGGGUCUCGGGUGGCCCUGCAUCCCUUAAGGUCUGCGGCAGGAACCCGGAGACGUACUGCCUUCUCCGGGACUCAGUUUCCCCUUUUGCAAGAAGAUCGCUGAAGACCAGACCAGCGGUGGACGUUCUUGGAUCCCAGGACGGUUUUCAGCCCCUCCCUGCCCUUGGCCCACACUGUAGCGGGCACAGUCCUGGCCCCCCUCAGGCAGUGCCCAGUGCGGGGGGGCAAGGAGUCUGCCAGGCCAAGGGGAGGGAGACUCACCGGCCCAGUCACACCCUCCUUGUGACCCCAAAGUAUCAGCCCCUCCCUAUCCCCUGGGUGUCUGCGAUGUCGCUUCGCUGCCUCCAAGCCCAAGUUAGCUGCAAAAGCAGCUGGAGGAGCCGGUUUGGUGGUCACAGGUCAAAGUUCAUCGAACCACCAAAAUUAAUUGAGCGUCUACUACGUGCGGCUCAGAGCUUCGGGUCUGGCUGCUGCCUGGCCGGCUUCCGGGGCUGCCCGCGACCCGGGGUCCCCAUCCCGGCCGGCCUGCUGGGGGCCGAGCGCCGAUCCCGCCGUCUGGGCACGAAGUGGUUAAAGCCUUUCUAG